AUGAAAGGAGUCCUACUUCGACGUGUUUGUCCGGCUGGGUCGAUCAAUGGGGCCAUAUUAACUGAUAAAGGUCCGAUUGUUGCCCAAGAGAAUAUUCUUGAAGGAAUAGAUGGUAGCCAGGUUCGACAUUGUGAAAGAGUUGCUGGAAUAGUGAGUGAAGGCAGUCGAGUUUAUCUAGCCAGUCAGUCGGGAUUGUUUCUUAUGGAGGACAACCGGAUUAAAGUCUUAGAAAAAACACCUCUAAUUGGACCAGUUAGACUGUUGGUGAAUGGAUCAUGGGUAGUAGCAGUCACUAAGCAAGAGUUAGUGAUUCAUAAGGCACGAGAAGGACUGAUUAGGUACGCGGCGUAUGGCCAUCAGGUAAUUAGUGUAGCUGUAGCUGGGAAGAAGGGUUUAAUUAGAGUCUUACUAAGUGUAAGUAAUGGAUAUGCUGUUCGUACUCUUCAGGCUAAUAAGGGUCAAUUAGAAGAGAUAAGUCAAGUGGCUGUGGAUAGUACGGCGUAUUUACUGACGUGUGCGGAUGAAGAGGAAUGGGUAGUGAUCGGUCGUGAGGGACUAGAGUUAGUUAAGGGAGAUAUGCGACGACGGAUGACAAUUGGCAGUCCUUUAGUUAGAGCGGCAAUUUGUACUGGGGACUUACUAGUGCUAAGUCUUUUUGGGAAUGAGAUUUGCUGGAUUAAUCGGACUACCGCGACUGUGCUUAAAACAGUGCGGGCCCAAUGCUUAAUUGAACGUUUUGAACGGACUAAACAAGGUAUUAUUGGGUACAACCGAUUGGGUGAUGUUUUACUGAUUAGUGACCAGCCGAAUGAUAAGAUAAAGCAGUUGCGAGUAGGCCUAGGCCGAGUAGUGCAAAUGGACGUAGCUACAGAGCAGGGUCGAGAAGUACUUUAUUUAGUCAGACAUACUAGCCAGGGAGCUGUAGUAGAUAGAGUUGCUCAUGAGCGACAGAUUACUAAUUUAUUGCCUAGUACGCUUCCUCAGGCAGAUACACUUAGUUCUGAACUUAAGGCGGAUGCCCAAGCAAUUAGACGCUUAGCUGUCAUGCAUAAAACCAUGAUUAUGCAAGAUAAAGAAGGUGCUAGUUUAGUUAAUGCUGCGAAUGAAGUAGUGCGUAUUCCCGAAGCUUUAGGAGCUGUUUAUACUAAGAACCGAGUAUGCUAUGUCUUGCGUAAUGGUAAGGUUGUGGUAGGUAGUCAAACAUGGUGUCUCUUCUGUCAUAAGAAUUGCCAGGGUUGUGGAGAAGAGUUACUAGCUGCUCGGGUGGAUGGUAAAGGAGGUAUAACUGCUGGGGCUAAAGGAGUUUGGGUUUUCUCCUGGGCCGGUGAAGUAGAGUACAUUGAACUGUCUUCCAUAGUGAACUUAGAACUAUCACCUCGAGCAGCUACAGUGUGUUGUACUGAGGGCGUAUCGAUUAUUGAUCGUAGUACAGGGCAGCAGGAAGCAGUUCCUUUAUCAGGGCGUUGGGUAGCUGAGUUUCAUUCGCAAUAUUUAGUGAAUACCUGGGCGGGUGGGUUGGAUUUAGUAUCUAAAACGGGUAAAGUUCUGGCUAAGAUUAGAACGGGUCCCGUGCUAGUUAAAUCGUGGUCAACUGAUGGAGAAAUGGCCGUUCUGAACUGUGAGACUUGUGUCGUAUUUAUUGGGCCGGGUACAGCUAGUGUGUACACUCAGCCGGGUUUAUUUGCGCUUGGGGACUCAGGGUGUUUUGUCUUAGAUAGCAAAGUGGCCCGACGGUGUGAAUUACAGCCGGAAGGGUUUAAGCAGACUAGUGUAGUUCAAAUGCAACGAGAUAUUCAUUGGGCCGUGCCUGUAUGUGGAGGACUCUGUGUGGUUUAUACUACUGGCCCGCGUCUUUCUCUGCAGGGCCAGGCUUUACCUAGUAGUGGCUUUGGAGUUAGUUUUUGUUGGGGUGGAGUGCCCUUAUCUGAUCUAGAGUAUUUAGGAUGGAGUGUUUUUGGAUGUGUGCGGGUAAAGAGUGUUUAUGUAUGUUUGGGGUGUAAUUCAGCGGAAGGCAUUCGGGUUGUGUUGUUAAAAAUAGAUAAGAAAGAGAUAAGAGAAGUGGCUAGUUUAUUAUUAGAAGGUGAGAGUGGGUUGGGUUUAGUUGAGGAAAGUUCUUAUCUUAUUAUUAAAACUGUAGGUAGGACGUAUACUUAUCAGAUAAAAACAGGAAAGUUAGUUGCUUCUUCAUUUGUGCCAGCAGUGAAUGUAAAUGGCAGUCGGAUUAAACUACAAGUAGAAGGCAAAGAGGCGGUGUACAUAGACCGUAGUAAAAGUCUUUCUAGAUCGAUUGAGUUGCUUAGUUCGGGAUGGUGUGUUUUGGGGCAUGAACUAGCGAGUGGGGGUGAGGUAUCUCUUUUAGAGGUUAAGUCACGAGCGGAUUGGUUGGUUACGUUUAGACUUCCAGAAGGAGUUGUUCAGGUAGUUAAAGGAUCACCAUACGCUAUAUCCAAUCGGCCUUCUGUUUUUCUAAGAUUAGAGUCUGGGGCUGUUUUCCUGUUAGAGUGUUUGUCGGCGAGUGAGCUUCAAGAUCUGGUUCCGGUAGAAGGUCGUGAUUGUGUUAAUGAGGACUCGGUGUUUGUGCUGAGUGAAGAUCCAUUGGUUGAGAAUAUGCUAUGGGAGGGCAACAUUCAAAUUGAAGCACCGUUCUCUUUAUCAGCGAUGGCCAGCCAAUUGGGCCAAGACAAACUACCCAUCUAG